AUGAAGUUUUGUGGCUUGACCUGGGGAUCCAACCACCAUCUCCAUGUUGUGUCCAUGGGGAAAAUGCGAUCUGAGUCCCAGCCCUCCAACUUAUAAAUGAACUUUUGGAGCAUGGCCCACUCACCCGUUGAGGAUUGUUGUCUCUGUCAGGAGUUGGCAUUUGUUGGAAGAGUUUGUGAAACCUUCUCUCUGCCCAGAGCUCCGGGACCAAUGCAUCUUCCCACCACCUUAAACCACUGAGCAGUUCAGAGCCCCAGUUGCAGAAGACUUGUCCUGUUACCACCAUGAGCUCUGAAUGUGAUGUUGGUGUUUCUAAAGCCGUGGUGAACGGGUUGGCGCCAGGCAGCAAUGGGCAGGACAAAGACAUGGAUCCAACGAAAAUCUGCACUGGGAAGGGAGCGGUGACUCUCCGGGCCUCGUCUUCCUACAGGGAAGUCCCAAGCAGCAGCCCCACAAGCCCUCAGGAAACCCCACAACAUGAAAGCAAACCAGUUCUGGACUCAGAGAAUCCCUCAGCAGAUGAGUGGAGGCUCUCUUCCAAUGCUGAUGCCAAUGGAAACGCCCAGCCCUCCUCACUUGCUGCCAAGGGCUACAGAAGUGUGCAUCCCAACCUUUCUUCCGACAAGCCCCAGGAUUCAGGCCCUCUACUGAAUGAAGUUUCUUCAUCCCAUGCUGGAACGGAUUCCCAAAUCUCUGCACCAGUUAGCAAACCAUCAUCUGCCUACCCCUCUACGACAAUUGUCAAUCCUACUAUUGUGCUCUUGCAACACAAUCGAGAACAGCAGAAACGACUCAGUAGCCUUUCAGAUCCUGUCUCAGAAAGAAGAGUGGGAGAGCAGGACUUGGCACCAGCCCAGGAAAAACCCAGCUCACCUGGAAGGGCUCCUGAAAAAAAGGCAAAGGAUGACAGUAGACGGGUGGCCAAGAGCGCUCAGGACCUAAGCGAUGUUUCCAUGGAUGAAGUGGGCAUCCCACUCCGGAACACCGAGCGAUCAAAAGACUGGUACAAGACCAUGUUUAAACAGAUCCACAAGCUAAACAGAGAUGAUGAUUCAGAUCUGUACUCGCCUCGGUACUCCUUUUCUGAAGACACAAAAUCUCCCCUUUCUGUGCCUCGCUCAAAAAGUGAGAUGAGCUACAUUGACGGUGAGAAGGUGGUUAAGCGGUCGGCCACACUCCCCCUCCCAACCCGCUCUUCCUCACUCAAAUCCAGCCCAGAAAGAAACGACUGGGAGCCCCCAGAUAAGAAAGUGGAUACAAGGAAAUACCGUGCAGAGCCCAAAAGCAUUUACGAUUAUCAGCCGGGCAAGUCUUCCGUUCUGACCAACGAAAAGAUGAGUCGGGAUAUAAGCCCAGAAGAGAUAGAUUUAAAGAAUGAACCUUGGUAUAAAUUCUUUUCGGAAUUGGAGUUUGGGAAACCGCCUCCCAAAAAGAUAUGGGAUUAUACUCCUGGAGACUGCUCUAUCCUUCCUAGAGAGGAUAGAAAGACUAAUCUAGAAACAGAUCUCAACCUCUGCCCAGCAGAGUUAGAGGCAGAUUUAGAAAACACGGAGACGCUUAAUAAAGCACCCGGGGCAAACUUGUCACAGAGCUCGACGGUCAGCCCCACUCCAGAAAUUUCUUCAGAGCUUCCUGGAUAUAUAUAUUCUUCCAACUUCCAUGCAGUGAAGAGGGAAUCCGAUGGGGCUCCCGGGGAUCUUGCUAGUUUGGAGAAUGAGAGGCAGAUCUAUAAAAGCGUCCUGGAAGGUGGAGACAUCCCUCUCCAGGGUCUGAGUGGGCUCAAGCGACCCUCCAGCUCGGCCUCCACUAAAGUGGAUCGUAAAGGUGGGAAUGCUCACAUGAUUUCUUCAUCUUCAGUUCCUAGCCGAACGGUUAGCACUAGCAAUGCGUUAGGCCCCUUGUGUAAGCACAAGAAACCCCUGUCCGCUGCGAAAGCCUGCAUUUCGGAAAUCCUUCCCUCUAAAUUCAAACCCAGGCUCUCUGCUCCCAGCGCUCUUUUGCAGGAACAGAAGAGCGUCUUACUGCCAGCAGAAAAGGCUCAGAGCUGUGAGAACCUUUGUGUUUCACUGUCUUUGAAUGAUUCCAAAAGAGGUCUCCCCCUCCGAGUGGGUGGGAGCAUCGAGAACCUGCUCACGCGCUCCCGGCGGGACUGGGACAGCAAGUCGAGCAGCACCGUGAGCCUGCAGGAGUGUGGCACCAGCGCCAGGAGGCCCUGCCCUCUCUCCAGAAGGGCCGGGUUGCAGUUCACUAUGUUCUAUCGGGACAUGCACCAGAUCAACCGAGCUGGCCUCUUCCUGGGUUCCAUCUCCUCCUCGAGCGUGCGAGAUCUUGCCUCCCACUUUGAAAGGAGCAGCCUGACAUUGGCCAGGGGUGAGCUGGGCCCCAGCCAGGAGGGCUCAGAGCACAUCCCCAAGCACACCGUCUCCUCCCGCAUCACAGCUUUUGAGCAGCUGAUCCAGCGGUCCCGGUCCAUGCCGUCCCUGGACCUGUCCGGGAGGCUGAGCAAGUCCCCCACGCCUGUACUGUCCCGGAGGGGCCUGAUCUCGGCCCGCUCGGCUGAGUCCCUCCUGGAGUCAACCAAGCUCCGUCCCAGGGAGAUGGACGGGAUGAACCCCGGGGGGCUCUACGCCUCCCCGACGUGUGGCAAUAUGGCCGAGCCCACCUUGGGCUUCAGGGGCCUCGUGCCUUCUGAGCCCCUCUCUGCCUGCUCUGACGAGCUCGACCACUGUUCAAACGUCUCCAGCGACAGCCGAGAGGGCAGCAGCGGCAGUGUCCACGGAGACUUCCCCAAGCACCGCCUCACCAAGUGCAAGGGCACCUGCCCGGCCUCGUAUACCCGCUUCACUACCAUCCGGAAGCACGAGCAGCAGCAGACCUCCAGGCAGCCUGACUGGCGCCCAGAUCUCAGAGGGGACAGGAGCACACUCCUCAGGAACAUCUACCUAAUGAGCCCCCUCCCUUUCCGGUUGAAAAAGCCCCUCCAGUACCACCCCAGGCAGCCUCCCUCUGGUGACUUCUCAGCCCCUCUGGCAGGCCAGAAGCCAGACUUUCCCAGCCAGCCCCAUCAGGACGAGACCCCCUCUAGGGGGAAGCCCUCGGUUCCCAAACGCCUGUCUUCCCGACACACCAUGGCGAGGCUGAGCCGGAUCUUGGAGCCCCCUCAGGGAAGACCUGUGGUCCCAGAGGACUGCCUGAGGGCCUUUAAUAAUGGCAACUCCAUGCCGUCCUCAGACCAUGGCCUGGACAGGAACAACAACCCACAAAGUGAACUGGGAACAUCCCUUGGAGAUUCAGAAUCACCAAGACAUUUUAUACCUGCUGAUUAUUUGGAAUCCACGGAAGAAUUUAUUCGAAGGCGCCAUGAUGAUAAAGAGAAACUUUUAGCGGACCAGAGACGACUUAAGCGUGAGCAAGAAGAGGCCGAUAUUGCAGCUCGUCGCCACACGGGCGUCAUUCCGACGCACCAUCAGUUUAUCACUAAUGAGCGCUUUGGGGACCUCCUCAAUAUAGACGAUACGGCAAAAAGGAAAUCUGGGUCAGAGAUGAGACCUGCCAGAGCCAAAUUUGACUUUAAAGCUCAGACCCUAAAGGAGCUUCCUCUGCAGAAGGGGGACAUUGUUUACAUCUAUAAGCAGAUUGAUCAGAACUGGUACGAAGGAGAGCAUCACGGCCGGGUGGGGAUCUUCCCGCGCACCUACAUCGAGCUUCUUCCUCCUGCUGAGAAGGCACAGCCCAAGAAGUUGGCACCAGUGCAGGUUUUGGAAUACGGAGAAGCCAUUGCUAAGUUCAACUUUAAUGGUGAUACACAAGUAGAAAUGUCCUUCAGAAAGGGUGAGAGGAUUGCACUGCUCCGACAGGUGGACGAGAACUGGUACGAAGGGAGGAUCCCAGGGACGUCCCGGCAAGGCAUCUUCCCCAUCACCUAUGUGGACGUGAUCAAGCGGCCACUGGUGAAAAACCCCGUGGAUUACAUCGACCUGCCUUUCUCCUCCUCCCCAAGUCGUAGUGCCACCGCGAGCCCGCAGUCCCCCGGUCACAGCCAACUCCUCAUGCCGGCCCCCUCAUCUCUGCCCCAUCCCCACCGAGCCCUGUCCCCUGAGAUGCACGCCGUCACCUCUGAAUGGAUUUCGCUGACUGUAGGGGUCCCAGGCAGGCGGUCUCUGGCCCUGACCCCACCUUUGCCUCCUCUGCCGGAGACUUCUAUCUACAACACUGACCACCUCACCUCGUGGGCAAGGCCCGGGCCCUCCCUGUCUCUCAGCCUGCCCCGUUCGAGCUGGGCAGAUCGUUCCACCCCACGCUCCCUGACGUCCCCACUGGCCCUGCCUCCCCCCCACAAAGCCUCCUCCCUGGUGCCCGGUGCCCCGGCCUCGCUGCACAUCAACGGGGACAGUGGUAUCCACGUGCCACCCUCAGGUGUCCGCCCGGAAAGCUUCUCACGGCCGCUGCCGGGGAGCUCUGAUAGGGUCAUCUCCGAGCUCAGCGACGCCUUUAGCAGCCAGGGUAAGCGGCAGCUGAGGCGAGAAGAGCGUGGACAGUGUGAGAGGAGAGCAGAGCGGGAGGCAGGUGACAGAUGCCCUGGAGCACCCAAGAUCUCUAAGAAGAGCUGCUUGCGACCUUCAGACGUGGUCAGGUGCCUGAGCGCGGAACAGAGACUCUCAGAUCUCCACGUCCCCGAGGAGAGCCGGCCCAGCAAGCCCCUGGGUAGCCCUUUUCCGGGAAGGGAGGCUGAGCAGACAGAGCCGCGUAGAGGUGGCGAGCAGGCUGAGAGGAGGGCUGCUGGGAGUGCUGUGAGCCAGCAACCUCAAGCCCAACAGCGAAGAGUCACCCCCGACAGGAGUCACACCUCACAAGAUUUAUUUAGCUACCAAGCAUUGUAUAGCUAUAUACCACAGAAUGAUGAUGAAUUGGAACUCCGAGAUGGAGAUAUUGUUGAUGUCAUGGAAAAAUGUGAUGAUGGAUGGUUUGUUGGUACUUCAAGAAGGACAAGGCAAUUUGGUACUUUUCCAGGCAACUAUGUAAAGCCUUUGUAUCUAUAAGAAGAUUGAAAACCACAGAGAUUAUUUUUAUUGGAGGAUGAAGCAUAAUUCACGAACUGGUCUCUUUAUUUAAACAUUGAGUCCGUAGGAAAACUAACGCAGUGGAUAAAGUAAGAAGCAAAAGAGAGGGACAGAGAAGUGUUGUGUCUGAAGCCUGAGCCUGUGUGAACGUACAGUGUCAGGCAGGCUGAACUGAGAAAAAAGGAAUGAGGCAAAUCUGUAUUUACUUAGCUGCUUCUGGGAGCCACUCCAAGCCUUUUCUGCCUCUCCCCCUCUUGGGUAAUCUGACCUGUAACACGGGCCAGGAUCAGUGAGGUCAGAAAUGCCUCUUGCUGCCCCAGCCUUGACCAGCUUUUGCUCAAAGGGGUCAUUUAGCCGGAAGCAGCCCUCAGAGCAUCAGGCAGACCCCUAGCCAUUCUCCAAAGGCUGUACACCCCAGCCACCCAGAGCCCCAUUUCCAAACACUGCUGGGGAUCAGCUCGGGCUGCCGAGGCCAUCCCUGGAGGCCCCCAGGCUACCCAAGACCACGUCCCUCACUCCUGGGGUACGUGGGGAAAUGGAGGCAGAACACAGAAUGCCCUGUGCAUUCAGCCCGCAUGCAGCAUUGCUCUUGACGCCCCUGGUGUUCAGACAGAAAAGAACAUGAGGUUUGCCCGUGGGAGCGGGGUGCCCGGGUCAGAUAGUUAUAUUUGUAUUUCCAGGUGAUUAAGUUAAGAAGCUCUGUAGUUAUCGAGGUCACUUGCGGUGUGCUCUUUCCCAUAUCUCUGACUUUUGUAAGUGGUCACCUUUAGCACAGUUUCAUUUAGCAGAAUGCCAUUGCUAACCUUUCUUUUCUGGAUUGUUUUUGGUCAGGGCAGUUUGGGGUUGAUGGGCCUAUUCUGACAGUACCAAGGAUGGCAUCCAGUGAAUCAUUUCACAUACGCCGGAUGCUGGGGCCACUGAUGAGCAGGAUGUGCUCCACACCUUAGCACAGACUCCCUGCAGCAGUUCAGGCACCACCCACAGUGCAGUAGCCCAGGGUCGUGAGCCCCGAUGCACCCUGGUGAGGCUUAUCUUCGAGCAGAAGGUGCCCAUGCCCCGGCCCGAAGUGCGAGGCAGUGGUUCGCCACUCCCAGGAUGUCUGUGCUUUGCGGGGCUACAUCUGAGGAGGGAGGGCCCUGUGACACCCGGGGUGCUCCAGUCACAUCUCCAUCCAGUUCAAGGAUGUUUCUCGGCCUGUCUGCUAGACCCCUUAGGAAACUAGAGAAAUGACCCACUCCCUGCCCGCCAGGAACUCAGAGGUGAUUGGAGAGGUACACACACACAAAUACUGAAUCAAGAGAGACUGUGAUAUGUGCGAAGAAGGGUAUGAGAGAGGAGGAGGAGAUUACCUUUCCCUGGAGAGACCCUAGGAAGCAUUGUCGUAUUUCUGUCUCCAUGAGCUCACUCUUGAACAACUAGGCUGCUUAGAAGAACCUUCCUCUGAGGGUAGUUUAUGGCUGGAAAUUCUUGGAACUGUUUCCAGAGUUUUCACACUCUUAUCCUCCCCACAAAUACGCAUCCAAGGUCACAAACAGGAGUAGCAAUUCUAGGUGGUAGGGUGUAUACAGGAAUCCUGGCUCUCUGCCUGUAGCUCAGAGUUGCCCCAGGACCAUUGUCCCAAAACCUAGAGUCUUUACAGGUAGGCAGAGUUUGUCUUCAGUGCCUCCGUCCCACCUUCUGUGUCUGCCAUUCAUCUACCCAUCACCUGUCCACCCCCGUACCCCCAUCAGAGAGCCUCAUUCUCUUCCUGUCCUCCUUUCAAAUCUUGGCCUCAGGAAAGAACCUGCCACUGACUCCUUCACACUGGAGUGUAAAUGACCGGUAAGAGGAAUGUGUUACUUCUUCCUGGAGACACUUGUUUUUAGCUAGGACAGAGCAGAGCCUUAACCCCAAGGGAUGAGGCAGUGGAACUAAUGGUGGUGGUAGGGGGUGAGGGUGGGGUGGAGGAGCUUCCUGGGUAGAAAGAGCCCUUUUGAUAUUCUUUAACACUCAUUGCUUUGGAAGGUCGACUUCAGCAUCCAAGGGCACUGUCUGACUCUCUGAGGGACUAUAGUACAAGUGCAUAUGCACGUGCAUUUUGCACAACAGCAUUUCACUCAUUUUUGGAACGUAAUUCUCGUAUUGGCUAAUGUGUUUCCUGGUCUUUCUUAGAUGCAAACCAUUAAUAACGACCUUAUUCUAAUAGCUUUUUGAGGGGUGCUUCUUAAGUAGGUAAUUUUGAACACCUCUUUCAAUACAGCUAGAAAAUAAAACCAAUUUGUAAAGCCACAUUUGCAUAUGAUGCCAGCCUCACGCAUUUGUAUAUCUUCAGAAACCCAGGUAUGCCUCACCAAUUUGCCCGUCUUUAAUAAAAUCAUGUUAAAAUUUGCAUCAAACUUCAGCUUCCUAUGUAUGACAGAACAAGGAACAAAGUUUCCAACUGCUCUUUUGUCCUCAAACAUUUAGUAAUAUAAAAUACCUAUUUUUAUGCUGAAAUAUUUAUACAGGUUUAUUAAUAGCAAGUGCAACUAACUGGCGCCAUGCCUUGCAACACAUUUUGAUAUAUUAGCCAUGCUUCUGGGUAAAGGCAAGCCCCCAACUACUUAUCUUUUGCAGUCUCUCUGGGAUCAGUUAAAGAAAAAAAUCAUAUGCGUAAGAAGUAGGACUGUAAAUAUGUAUAUUUAACUUUGUAUAGCCCAUGUACCUACUUUGUAUAGAAAAAUAAUUUUAAAAAUUUGAACUGAAGGGGGGUGAAAUAAGGAAGUCAUGAAGUUUUUUGCAUUUUUAUUUAAAUGAAGGAAUUCCAAAUAACUCACCUGCAGAUUUUUAGCACAAAAAUAGCCAUUGUAAAGUGUUAAAAUUUUAAAUAAUCAUUCUUUCUGGGAGAGAAGGUAAUUGUGAUCUCAGUUACAGGUUUUUUAUUUUGGUUUUGAUUUUUUUUUUGGUUUUUUUUUUGUUUGUUUGUUUUUUGGCUGUCUUAUUUAUCUACAGUAGUAUUAAGUUCUUUUGCUAGAAUAAGUUACUACAAAGAAGAUUAUAUUCUGAAAGAAAAAUAACUGACAUUAUAUAUAACCAAUUAAUUUAAAGUGUUGCCAUUUACACACCAAGAGCAUGUACUAUGCAGACACAGAUUUUUCCAUUCAUUUAUUUUUCUUUAUUGCGGUGGAUUGAUUUGAUAAAUGGAUGUGUUGAAUUACUACAUUUGCUGUACAUAUUAUUUAAUAAACUUUAUUCAGAAUUGCGUGGCA